AUGGAGCCCGAGCCCCACCACGGCGGCGACGCCUCCCUCGUUCCCCCCGCUCCAAACCCUAGCCGCCACCAGCCCGUCCUCCGGCCGGGCAAGUCCACGGCCUUCAAGCGGGAGGAGCGCCGUAAGCGCAAGGAGCGCAAGAGGCAGGAGCGCCUCGCCCUCGAGCUCGAGCAGUGGGAGCCCCUCAGCGCCCCUCCCCGCUCCGCCGCCGCCUCUCCCCCCUCCCGCGCGCUACCCGACACGCCGUGGCCAUGCGACUCGCCUCCGGACCGCGAGCCCUCCGCGGGCUGGGGCUGUGGCUGGGGCCCGCCCACGGAACCGCCGCAGCCGCCAGUGCCGGCGGUUGUGUCCACGCAGGCCUCCGCCGUGGUAGCUUGCCGCGCCUUCUUCGGGGAGCACGUCGACCGCGACGAGGAGGAGGAGGAGGAGGAAGAGGAAGGCAAUGUGGCCCGGUUCUUCCAGGAGCUACUGGAGAAGGACGCGGGCCUGAGGGGUUUCUACGAGGCGGAGCGGGAGCAGGGCCGGUUCCUGUGCCUCGUGUGCGAGGGGACCGGCGCCAGGGCGGGCAAGAGGUUCGCGGGCUGCGCGGCGCUCGUGCAGCACGCCGGAUCGGUCGCCCGGGCCGGGAGGAGGCUGGCGCACCGAGCGUUCGCGGACGCCGUCGGCCGGUUGCUGGGCUGGAGCGCCGGCCGGACCACGGCUUGGCCGGCAGAUUCUGGCAAUGCUGGCUUAUGCGAUGAAGCGGAUCACUUGGAGGAUGCUCCGCAAAGCGCAGAAAUGGAGAUUUGUCCCGACCAGUGAUCAAGGGUUUGCAUCUCCUGUUUAAAAUUAAUCAAUAAAACUAAAUUAUGGGAAUUAGGUCAAAAAUCAUAUCUCCAAAACAAUUCCAUUCCUAACUCCAUUUCUAGUAUUCAUGCACGUUUAAAAUUAGCUCUUUUUAAUUUAGGGAAAACAUACGUUCCCAGUAAAAAUUAUUCAGUUUCGGCUUCCUUUGAUGAAGGAUGUAAUUUUUAGACCCAAUUUUUUUUAGUGGACCUAAUACAUGGAUUUUGGGAGUAAAGUAUCAUGAACCCCCCUCAGAUAGCCCACAGCCUUUCCUCUCGAUGCGAAAGAAGAUUCGAUCAACUGUAGAGAAAGCCUCAGUCCUAGUGGCGGAGCCACCUCCGGGCAAGUCGGGCGAUCGCCCGGGCUGCAGCACUGAUGUUUCCAAUUGUAUUUAGGGCACGCUUGGAUCCAUUUGGAAUAUUAAAUGGCA